AUGGCGUCUCAGCUCAUGCCUUCCAAAUCUUUGAACGAGUUCAACACCAACGAUAACACAUCCACCUCGUCCGUAGCUAAGGGCGCUAUGUUGGAGGAAGAAAAGUCGUUUGGCGAGUUAUCGAAUGGUCCCGAAACGUCAGAACAGGGUUCAACUAGCACAACUGACCCACCGACCUUCAUCAAGCUAGCGCCAUACUUUGAGUCCAUUCCAAACCGAAAAUACGCCUCUCUAUCGCGACUUCGGCAGACGCGAUGUGUGAAUAUGGCAAAUGACCCUAUCACACGAUACCGACGCAGUAUGGACAGUCUAUCAUUGGAUGGAAUUCUUGGUCAGCCGAUUUUGGAGACCCGGGAA